ACUCCCUCGAUAGGGGGGGGGGGGAACUUCAAUAGCACCGAAAUGAAUGUCUUUGCGUUUCCGGAAUAAUCCAGGUUGACGGUUUUGCUUGUUUGUUUGCUUGCUUGCUUGGAUUCCAAUCGCAGCUUCAUUCUCGAAUUCAUUACCCCUUUCUUUCUUUCUUCCUUUCUUAUCCUUCUUCUUUCCUCCCAUCUUUUUGUUGGAAGCAGUUUGCGCUGCUUCACACUGCGUUGUCACUAUGAAAUUGAAAAAUGGAAAUGCGGGUCUUUUGACAAAUUUCGAGCUGAUGGAUUUGUUCAAGUCUCGUGGGGCGGACAGAGGCAACCUCGGCGUUGCCAACACCCUAUCUCCUGCCGAAAUGAAGGUUUACGAUUAUCUGGAAAAGACGCCUGCUGGCUCACAGACAAGAGAGAAUAUAGUGGCGUUCUUCAAGGCAACGGAGCAGUACAAGCUUACUAAAGCUGAGUAUUUGCAAGUUAGCAAUUUGCGUCCAGCUUCUGCUGUUGAAGUCCAUCUUAUUGUGGAGGACUGCGAUGAGCGGUUGUCAAGUGAUGCUGUGGAUCAGUUCUUAGGGGCGAUAGAGGAAAUUUUACCACCAAUCCCAGAACUUGAGGAACCCGCAGCAGAGGGCGACGCUGGUGAGGAGGAUGCUGAAGCUGACGGUGAUGAGAUGGAAGCUUAGCAGGCUCAGUAAUUUCUCAAAUUGUACCUGCCCUUUUCGAUAGCGCAUCAAGAAGCAGCGUUUCUGGUUAAUGACCUCAAAGAACCGCCUCUUGGGGGAAUGGAGAUGGAUGUACUCGUUAAGUAGCACAGAAAUAAUCUUCGGUCCGUAGCAUGACAACUCUGCUAAGAUGCAGGGCCGGACAGUGAAGUCUGUAUGACCUUGAUGCGUAUGGUCAAUCCGUUUCCGGAUCAAUGAGAAACGGCAAUAUUUCAUGUUUCUGAAGACGAGAAGCAGAAGUACUGCUGCACAGAAGCUGGGGCGAUGUUCUAUUUGCACGUGUGGUCCUUUUCUGCUCGCAUCGAUUCUCUUGUAUCCGACAGUUCAAGCGCGUAGAUUGGAGACCCUUAAGAUGAGGUGAGGACUUUGGGUUGCUCAUGCACUGGUAGUUUUUAGGUAUAGUAAUUUGUGUCUACUUUUUCAGGUCUAAGGCCGAGGUUGCAGAGGCUCUCUGCUUUGGUUUCAAGUAUUGUUGUGCAACUUGUUUUCUACUCAAUUAGAACCAUUAGUAUCACAAUCACAACAACCAGCAGAAUAUCUCAAGAGACAUUUUAGCGACAACAUAUCUUGGACCCGGUUGAUGUGCACCUCAUUCCCAAACACGUAUCAAGAAAUAGUGAAACUUUGAAAAUUCUGUUGGACAAUCA